AUAAUCCAACGGGGAUGGUUGCGGGGAAUCAGCAUUGGGGUCAUGCUACCAGCCCUGAUCUAUACCACUGGACGAACCAACCUAUCGCCCUCUCUGGAGAUAAGCCCGAAGAAUAUAUAUUCUCCGGCUCUGCUGUGGUCGAUAGCAACAACACAUCCGGGUUCUUUCCCGAUCAAGACGAUGGUGUCGUAGCCAUCUAUACAGUAGACACUCCAACCUUGGAAACGCAGCAGAUUGCUUAUUCUCACGAUGUUCCGUGACCCGCAAGUGGUAUGGCAUCCUGAAACCCAGCAAUGGGUGAUGACUAUUGCCUAUGCACAGGACUUGGUUAUUGGAUUCUACACAUCACCCAACCUCCGAGACUGGACUCAUGCGUCGAAUUACACCCAGGAAGGCCUGCCGGGUGACCAAUUCGAAUGCCCUAAUUUGGUCAAGUUCUCCGUUGAUAGUGCUGUGUCUGACGAGUCUAGCAAGUAUGUACUUUUCAUCUCCGUGAACCCUGGCGCACCACUAGGGGGCUCUGGAACGUUUUACGUGGUUGGCGAUUUUAAUGGCACCCAUUUCACCUCCGAAGUGGCCCACGAGACCCUCUUUGAUUUCUCCAAAGAUAACUAUGCUGCUCAGUGGUAUUCUGGAAUUCCUGAGGACCAACCUCCGGUCUCCAUUGGUUGGGCUAGCAAUUGGGACUACACUGGGGAGGUCCCCACUGGCACGCUCGAAGGAUGGAGAAGUGCGAUGACUUUACCCAGAGUACACAACCUGACUAAGGUAGAUGGAGCCUGGGCUGUGACUCACAGUCCGUUUAACGGUCUCUCGACUGUUAAGGGAAGGCAGCUUGUGAGCAAGAACAUUCAGUCAGGAGAUGUGAAAGCGAAUUUUUCUGGGGUCCCAUCGAAGGCAGUAUACUUCGACGUGGCGGUAAAGGGAAUCGAUGCUGCCAACCCUGCCGGGCAUGUGAACUUUAACUUCACUUCUUCUUCAUCGGGCGACUAUCUCGAUGGGGGUGUAUCCUUGGGUGAUGGUUUCUUUUGGAUCAAUCGAGCCGGAACCCAUCUCUUCACGGUCAAGGAUAAUGAGAAAUUCACUGCCUCGUCUAACACUACCAUCCCGACUUUCGGCAAUGGCACGUUCAGUUUCUCGGGCAUUAUUGACCGGUCCGUGUUUGAAGUCUUUCUGGGCCAAGACGGGAUCCAAAGCGGAACCAUGACGUUCUUCCCAACCACUCCACUCGACACUUUGACUGUUUCCGCAGAGGGUCUCAGCAAUCGGACUAGCGUUAGCGUUAAGGCUUGGGGUCUUCAGAGCGGCUGGAACUCGACCGCGGCAGGCAAACGAUUCCGGGCUUAAGUCGAUGGACUAUAUAUCUCUGCUCAUGAUGCAUGAUUGGAAGCUGUAAUACGGAUGUGUGAUCGGAUUAUUUUCAUUGUUCAAAAUUAUUUUUUGCCAGGGACACUCACCAAGUUGUAUGUGCUCGUAGAUCGGGUGGGUAUCCAAUGUCUGUGUACAAAUGUACGAUAGAGGGGCAGUUCUUCAUUGUACUUUCUUUUCUUUGGGUCCAGAACGUCCAAAAUAAACAGGAAUGAUGUCAAGUCACGUUACACGACGGUGUUUAAUUGGUCGUUCCUAGUCAA